UCCUUUGAAUUUCUUCUAGUUUUCUCUCCUUCGAAAAGAAAUCUCAGAAGAUGGCCUGCACGGUUUAUAGUACUCUCAGAAUCAAUCUAUCAUCUUCAGAAACCGAGCAGAACCAUAAGAUAUUUCAGAACCAGACAAGAAAAAGAUGCAAAACCCUUUACCUCCCUACUGAUAAUUCCCCUAAUGCUUGCUCUUUCCACGGCCACACCACUGGAGAUAAGGGAUUACAUGCAUUGGCUCCUCCCCACCAAGGGAUUGAUGGAGAGUGGAGUGACCGAUCUGGUGUUAUCGUCUACAAAUGGAAUGAAAAGAAUAAGAGACCAAAUACUGGGAGUGCAAAUUGGAAGAAAAGAUGGAGCUGCUGUGCUGAGUAUGAUGAAAAUGCACCACCGUGUCGACGAGGUUGGCAUGUUUCCUAUGAUGAUGGUUUCACUCUGUUCUAGUUAGAAACAACUGCUGCUAUUCAAUCUCCGGAUGAGACUCAGAGCUACAAAUACAGUAAACUAUAUUCUGAUUUCAAGGGGUCUCGAAAUGAAAUUCCAUAGGUUUGGUUCGAGGGUCAUGACACAGGACUAUGUCGUCAAUAUGGUUUACCAAAGAGUCGAAGUCACAAUCUUUAGUCGAUUAUCUUGAACAGGUUCACAUCACUAGGCUGUAAACCUAAAGUGUUUCCUGUGAGAUCUCUCCUGUUGGUAGCAGAUAGGUAAUGUCUCUGGUUAUCAACAGGCAAAGAAAACGUAAUGUAAAGAUUCAAUCAUUAAGUGGUUUAUAUACAAAUAAAUAUAUAUGUGUAUGUAUGUUGUGUAAGGCUCAAGCAAGCGGUCUAACUAAUUGGAUUAGUGAAGCUUUAAUGGACUUUGACAAA